GGUGAUCAAUAUUUCCUGCGAUGCCAACCAAAUGCUUCGCCAUUUUCUUGCGACUUACAGAAACUUCAGUGCUUGCCCGUAGUACCAGUUUAGCAAGAAUCUUUAUCCAAACUUAGAUUGCAAUACUAAACGUGAACACGAGAGCAGCGGUAAUGCUUUCAUUUUGACCAAAAUAUCGAGGCUAAUGGAGAAAUGAUACUGGUGGACACAUUCGAGAAUUCAAUUUGAAAUGACAUACUCGCACUGAAAAAAAAACAUGUUUCCGACGAAGUCUAUUUCUUCCCCUACUGCCCUUCUCGUUCUCGCCCUCGUCUACGCCGAGUUUGUCGUCAUCGCUCAGGCGCAGAUCGGUUCGGUAACAGUCAGUUGCGACGGUGGCGAUGUCGCACUCGGAAUGGGAGACUAUUUCAUCGAAGACAGUCAGAUUAGUACCUAUCAUGCCUACGCUGCCGGACCCGCUGAAAACGGAAGAAUUGUUUCAAGCGAUAACACGUUGUAUUGGGCAGGGAAGACAAGUGAUAAUUACAAGUGGUUUCAGGUUGACCUUCUCGCUCACACAGUUAUUUCAGGGCUCGUAAUGGAAGGAAGAAUGGAAGAUGGCGAAACUUCAAAACGAGUUCUGACUUAUUCCAUCGAAUACAGCAGUGAUGGUAGUACCUUUAUCGACUAUGCAGAAAGCGGUUCAACUGUGGUAUUUGAUGGCAAUACUGUAGAAGGGAGCACAGUCAGCGAACAAUUUUCAAAAGCUAUCGUAGCUCGAACUUUUAGGAUGAAUAUUAUUACGUUUCAAAGCAAACCAAGUCUGCGACUAGAACUAUACGGCUGCUACCAAGCGAGGAGCUGUCUUGAAUGGGCAUAUCUAGAUGCUGAUUACCAGUCAUUGAAUGGCUACUUUUGGUCCUCUGGGUCAAAUGCUCUACAGUACUACGAUAAUAAGUAUAAUCCUAUAUCGGUCUGCUUUUAUGACGACGUAAACGAUGAUUUUUGGGACUGCACAAGCCCUUUAGGUGUUAGUAAUGGCUAUAUCGACGACUCACAGAUGAGUGCUUCGUCAACUCUAGGAAGCAAUUACGCCUGGAAUGCAAGAUACGACGAUUCAGGAGUGUGGAUGCCAAGUAACAACGCACAAGAUGAGUGGCUAGAGAUAGAUUUCACAACGGAUACGUUCAUAUCAGGGUUCAAGACGAGAGGGGAUUCGCUUAGCUCAAAUCAGUUAGAUUCAUUUCUUGUGACAUACAGCACUGAUGGAACCAAUUAUGAUGCACAAACGGAAUUCGCUGAGCCCCAAGUUAUUGAUCAAUUGUACCUGUACCAGACCCCAAUGACAGCACGCUAUUUGAAAUUUACAGCAGAUACGUGGACCGAUAAUAUUGCGCUCGCCGUGGAAGUCUAUGGGUGCGGUCAUCAUGUUCCUACUGCUUUUCCGACCGUUGGCGCCGAUGCUACCUCUUCUGCUCCAUCAUACGGAGACUGCGAUGGAAAAGAAGGUUACUUUUACAUUGAUGAAGAUGGUGAUGGUAACUCGGAUUACACAUACUGCACAAGAAUGACAGAAUAUCUCUAUGACACGUGUUAUAACGCGCUGGGCAUGGAAGAUUAUACCAUUGGAGACGAUCAGAUAACGACGUCAAGCGACUCCGCCAGUCGCUUCGGAGGCCAUAAUGCACGAUUGAAUGUACAGUCAGGGGGCAAUGGCUGGAAGCCAGCUACCCAGGAUGCGAACCAGUGGCUUUUGGUUGACCUCGGGACCUCCGGCAGCAUCCCACUCGUCACCGGGGUUGGUACCCAGAGUAGAGGCAAAAAUCAUGCAGAGUUUGUGACGUCACUGAAGAUAAGCCAUAGUGUGGAUGGACUUUCGUUUACUACCAUACAAGAUGACAGCGGAGACAGGGUUUUCGAUGGCAAUACCGAAUAUGGAACGGUCAAGUACCUGUACUUCGAGACUGCUGCCCACGCCCGCUUCGUGAGGUUCGAACCCCAGACAUACUCGGGUGCAUUGUCUAUGCGAGUCGAGGUCUACGGAUGCCGAAACAGUCUUGUGUCAUCAGAGAACGUUUUGGAUGAAUCAAGCAGCAGCUCCGGCUGGUAUUACACGUCUGGGUCAUCGUGGGACUUUAAAACGACAAUUGAUGGUGCGUAUGUCAACCAGGAUGACCUCGCUUCACUCAGUGGUGUGACUAUGAGUGCGUCAAGCGAGAAAAGUGGUAAUGAAGCGACAGAGGGCGUUCUUGAUAAUUCCGGAUGUUGGGUCCCAAGUACGACCAAUGCUAAUGAAUGGCUGCAGUUUGAUUUUACUGUUGGUACAGUCAUAACAAAGAUUGACAUGCAAGGACAUCAAAGUAGUGCUAAUAAAUACGUGGAGAGUUAUAACAUCUUGCACGCAAUGAGCGAUGAUUCAUUCACAACCUUCCAAUACCUAGGAUCAGAUUAUCUUUUCAUUGGAAAUGACGGAUCGGGAGUCGAUGUUAUAUCAUCUGCAUUUUUCAAUCCUCCACUCAUUGCACGCUACGUUCGAAUAGCCCCUCAAGCUUGGGGAAAUAGUAUUGGAUUAAGAGUGGCUCUAUACGGUGUACAACAUAGUGCUACAUGCAGAGAAUGGGAAACAAAUCAGUACAAUGCCGUUACGACAGCCGGUUAUUAUCUUUAUACAGACCUCACAGAUCCAAUCUACUGCCCGAUAGACAACUCGCCCGAUUAUAGUAGCUGUAAGGACUACUAUGACGCAGGAUUUACAGACAGUUACUACUACGUCUUAAACCCGACGGGAGGCUCGUACGACGCUACCAUCUUCGUCCAUUGUGACUUCACAUCCGUCCUCAACAAUGAUGUUGCUAUGGUAACCGUAAGCAGCGAUUUGAAUGGUUGGAAUUUCCUCCAGUCUUACGAUGGGAAUUAUUCCUCGAGUGUUACAUAUAGCUCAAAUGCAGCCGCUAACGUAGGAUUCAUGGCGGCUGCUUCCGAUUACUGCUACCAAUACAUGAUGUACGAAUGCUUCGAAUCGAGGACUUUCUCCGGUUCUAUGGCCUUGUCUUAUUGGCAGGACAAGGAUGAAAACCAAAUGCCAUUCUGGCCCGGCAAUGAGGCCGAAUCUACAGCUUGCUAUUGCAACGAGCUCGGUAAUUGUGCUAAGGAUACCGAAUCCUGCCACUGUUCUGGUCUGGGCAACUGGUACUCGGAAGGUGGAUGGAUAACGAAUAAAGACUUAUUACCAAUAGGAGGUCUAUACAUUAGUGAUAUCAGCGACGGGGCAUCAUCCGGGAAUUUCACUAUUGGUGACCUGAUAUGUUUCACGAAAUCUGGAGCCGUGCCAUCGUCAUGCUAUGAUGUAGCACAAGACGGUCAUAGCACAAACGGAUUGUAUCUUAUCAAACUGAGUACGGGAGACUACAUUCCAGUAUACUGUGACUUCAACUCCGUGGAAAAUGCGAUCCUCACCCGACUUGGACACGACUUCCAAGAGCCAUACGACGUUUACGAUUAUAAACGCGAAGGACGAUUCGCUCGUGAUAUCAACUACGACUACUCAGCGACGAUCACGAAGGCAGGCCUAUUAGUCGAUGGGGAAGAUGCUUGCAGACAAAAGAUCGAAUUCACCUGUUACGAUGGAGCGUUGUUGGACCCCAUAGAAUAUUCUUGGUUAGGCCUCCGAAACGGCUCGGCGUCCACAUCCUGGGCAGGUACCAGUGUGUAUGAUAUGUGCCCGUGUGGUGCUCUUGGAAGUUGCUAUGACAACAGCCAAAGUUGCAACUGUGACGGAGUGCAGACAACGAUUCACGAUGACAAUGGAUGGGUAACAGACAGAACCAUGCUACCGUUGAAACAAAUGAGAGUUGGAGGAAUAGAGACUGGCGAGACCGCAACAGUCAGAGUCAGCCAGCUUGAAUGUUUUAAGGAAGAAUCUGGGGCGUUACCUCCAUCAUCGUGUUAUGAGAUCAAAGAGAACGGCGAGUCCAUAGCUGGAGAUUAUCUCAUUGAUCCUGAUGGGCCAGGCGGUGAGGAGCCUUUCAUAGUUUAUUGCGAUCCAAGUUUCAACUCCACGCAUGCGCAAAUGAUUAUACAUCACGACUCUGAAGACCGCAGUCACGUGGUCGAUAAAGGCUCGGCUGGAGAAUACCAGAAGAUGGUGACCUAUGAUGGCGUCACAAUUGAACAGUUUACAUCACUCUUUUCAAAUGACAUCAAUGUCAUGUUCCUAUCCUGUGUACAAGAAAUUAAAUAUGAAUGCUACGCUUCUACCCUGCUCAAGAAUAACAUGGGUUGGUUUGUAGACCGUCUGGGAGCUUCAAGAACUAAUUUCGGAGUCGCCAAUGACAGUAUCUCAUCAUGUUCGUGCGGUGUCGAUGGAACUUGCAGCAGCGCAUCUGAGGUUUGCAACUGUGACAACGACGCGAUCAGCUGGGCGGAAGACACAGGCGACAUCAACGACUUCCACGCUUCUUUCCUUCCGGUCACUCAACUACGGUUUGGUGACACCGCUGGGGGUGUAGGAAACGAAGAGGGGUACCACACACUUGGGCCUCUUAUCUGCAGUUCUGGACCUAGUAAGUAUGGAUGAAACUGCUCUGGCCAUUUUAAACCAUAUUCCCGGUGUUCGGGAGAGUGGGACCUACCGGAUAGUAUUAUCCCACUGACAGGUGGCCAGUGCAGGAGGUAAGUAAAUCGGCUCGUCGCAUGCAGCUAAGAUGUGCGUUCCCCGUGCGUGAUACCCCGCGCCUUUUGUUCACUUUUGGAAGAACAUUGUUCGACUCUGAUGAAAUGUUUUAAACAAAAAUCUUGCGCGGUAAAUUGCGCUAUCCCGGCUCCCCGCCCCCUCCCCUCAAUCCUCAGACCCAAAGACAGGUACAGGUCAUCUCUGAGGGAUCGUCAUGGAAUAUAACACCAGGUUUGAUUAGCUUCUGACGUCCCCGUAACACCAACUAAAGGUACACUCACAUCCUGAGCACAUCCUGAGCGUACUGCUUUACCAGUCCCUCGGAUCAGACGGGUGUUCCUUUCCUUUGGGACGAUGUCACCAAUCCCUACGGCUCAUCCCGGGGAUGAACUGCACCUCAAGGGAACCGAUGGCGUCGUCAGGCUAGCUGUAAAGGCAUGGGAUUCAGCAUCAUCCAAGACACAUCCAAGCUGCAGAGACUGGCUGUCAUCCGGCGACUGAGGGUACCAAACCAAAUAGGACAAUUGGACCGAACAAGGAGACUAAUUUAAUAGUAUCAUCAAACUCUUCAGAUGGAGGCAUAGCAGAAAUAUCAGCAUCAUCACCAUUUAAUCAGACAUCUUGCUUGCCGUCAUUAAGAAAAGGAUUGUAGUAAUAACAGGAGUGACUCAACGGAUUCAGAACUUUUAAUGAUUACGUUGAUUUUAAGAUUUUGGAAACACGGGAAUGUGAACCUAUAUAACUUAUGCGACAAGAAACUAUGACCAAAUAAACGACAUUUAUGAGUUCGCUUCGUAAACUUGCUUCAAAAUCAUUUCCGUUGAUUUCAUGUCAUGUCCAUCAAGGAACACUUUUUUCGGCCCAACCUAGUCUUAGGUUGCAGGUCGAUUGCAAAUGGUGUCCCUCGGGCUCUCUUUUUGGUCAGGCGUUGUUAUUUUUUCUGUAUAUUGUUCAAUACAUGUGGAUAUACUUUAAAUCGUUUAACGACUGCUAUUCAUACGAUUCCAUUCCACUUAAUAUACUGUUAUUGUAAUGGAAUGCAUACUGAUUUAUUAGAAAUAAAACACAUAAUGUUACAACAUGAUGUAGUACCCACCAAUUGCCAAUGCAAAUCAAUGAUUAAUGUAAUGAAGAACAUUAGAAUUGCAUUGAGUGAUUAUCUUAAGAGAUGUCACUGCAGGGUGAAAUGUUUACCUUGAAAUUUCAAAUCUAUAGAGUUUUCAAUAAAACCCCAAUAAAGUAUGAACCUGUAAAACUGGAUUUCUAAAUAUUUUGAGAAGAGUUUAACUUGGAUAAGUAUUAAGAAACAUCCUCCUAGCGUCUAAAGUAAUACGGCAUGAAGUUAAGUAAUUGAUGAAGAAUGUCAUUAUCACUUAGGUUUCGCGCAAAUCGUAUGUUUAUGAUACGUUGUUCUAAAGUCCCGGUUGGUCAUUAUGAUGUAAAACGAUAUCCUCAUGUAAGGAGUGAUGUCAUUCAAUGCUUUAAAUUUUACUCAUUUUCUGUGGAUUAUAUAGCAUGUCGGUUUCUUAGUUUCAAACUAGCAGACAAUAUACCCCUAGUACAUUUGUGCACGAUUUUAUGAGGUCUUUACCAUGUUAACUGUUCUCAGAGUUCGAUUUUAUCUACCGGACAGGUUUAUUUAUUUAAAUAAACAUCCAAGUUCAAAAUUUUGUUGGCGGUCGUAGCCAAGCUUCGGACUACUCAAUAUACGUUGGCUCACAUUACUUGGUAUGAAAAUAGAACAAUCUUUGAAGUGGUAAAUUAUACUCAGCAAUAAGCUAAACCUUGGAUGUUUAUGCUAAAUAACAUGAUGUCCGCUUGGGAAUGUAAUAUAAGUCAUUAAAUAUACAUGUAUGAUCUCUGCAAGCAAUUACCAUUUUACAAAUAUUGUGAUUUCGGAUUCACAAGAGUUUGGUAAUAAAUCUAUUUCAUAGGUUCCAGAUACCAUAUAGUUUUGUAUCGUGUUUUGAUGAAUGAAAUGUGAUAGGGCCAUUUGUGUUAAUUGGUACUAAAUCCCAUUUGUUGAUUAUAAUUGGCGAUCUUUUAAGUGGGAAGUAAAAGCUUUGAAAAUGCGGUUAAAUUUUAUUGACCAAUGAAACCUGAAAGUAGAAGAUUGGAGUGAAUUCAUUUUAACUUAAAGCUUUCAAAUGCUGAACGAUUCGUAACCUGUUCAACUGUUUUCAUCCUUUCCUUCGAGCACCCUAAAUCUAUAUUUCAUUUUAUCAUGACUUACAUAUACAAUUGCUAUGAAUCUUUAUCUGCUGCUUAUUAUGUAUUUGUUUUAAUAUUAUUUAUGAAUGAUUAAACAAACAACAUGCCCUUUAAUUCAA